AUGAGACCCGAUACCCCCCGUGAUCCCGUCGCUGGCCCCGACAAUGGCCCCGCCUCUCCCUUCCCCCUACGACUGUCCGGUCCUGUUAUCAAAGGCUUUGGACGGGGAAGCAAAGAGCUGGGCAUCCCCACCGCCAAUAUCCCCGCCGACGGUCUCGCCGACUAUCCCGAUCUCCAGGUCGGUGUCUACUACGGCGUCGUCGCGUUGGAUCCCGCCCAGUUCGCCUAUACCAUCGAGCCAUCGACGACGACGAUUCUUCCGGCUGUGUUGAGUAUUGGGUAUAAUCCAUUUUAUAAAAAUACGACAAGAUCGGUGGAAAUUCACAUUAUGUCCCCCCUCUCGGCACCCUCACCCACGGCAAACGGCGAACCCGGCCAGGUGAAGUUCCACAAGUUACCGGAUUUCUACGGCACCCGGCUGAAUCUGUUGAUCCUGGGGUACAUUCGGCCCGAAUACGACUACGUGUCACUGGAAGCGUUGGUGGAGGAUAUCCGACAGGACUGCGAGGUUGCGCGACAGAGUCUGCAACGACCAGCGUACGCCUGCUAUCUGACAAGAGAGAAAGAGACGGAGGGAGAAUCGGAGAAGGUGUCGGAGCAGCGACGGUGGUUGACGGGGUUUUAG